CAUCAACUUAUACAAACUACCUAUACAACCAAGGAUAGUACAAAAGGAUAUAUAUCCGUAUUCCAGUAUUGCUUGAAUGGAUACAUCCUCAUGAUGGAUUGUGAUGACAGUUACAUAUUAUGGACCACUAUGUGGAAAGUUGAUGUGAUGCAAUUGCUCCGUCUCCGACCAGAUCUUGCACGAUCAGUGCGAAUUGUUAAAAAUGGUAAAAGUCAGGUUCGGGGUACCUGGUUACCCUAUCAAGUACGUUUCGACAUGAUUAUCUCUUCAUGGCCUUUCCGAAAUCAGUUGACACCAUUCUUUGGGUAA